AUGAUUUUGGCAAACCGUCUGACAAAUGAUGCAGUUAGAUCAGGGAUUUUAAAGCAAGACAAAUUUGGUGGAAAGAGGAAACUAGAGGGGCAAUCGUGGAAAAGGGCCAACAACAAUUUAGGCAAGAACCAAAGAGUGGUGAAGAAUUUUGGAGUAAAGGCUCAGGAACCGGGGCAGUUUAGUCGGCCACUUCCAAAAUGCAGCAAAUGUAAUUAUCACCAUGCAAGGGCCUGUCCUACAUGUGGCAAAUGUAAUCGUUUGGGUCAUAUCGCCAAGUUCUGUAGAGGGGAAAAGGAAAUCAAGGAUGGAAUAAGGGUAUGCUAUGAUUGUGGAAGUCAGGAUCACUUCAGGAAUAAUUUCCCAAGGAUAAUUAGAGGAUCGAGCAUCAACAAUGCUGGAAACCAGGUAAGGCAAACCAGUCAGGGAAAUCAAGGAGGCCAAGCUCAAGGAAGGGAAUUUGCAAUGGGAGCCGAAGAGGCACGUCAAGACCCUAAUGUUGUGACAGGUACGUUUCUUUUAAAUAACCUCUAUGCCUCAGUAAUAUUUGACUCUAGAGCAGAUAGAAGUUUUGUUUCCCUAGAAUUUAGGCUGUUGAUAAAUCUGAAAUCGAGGAAGUUGAAAGAUGCUUACACUAUCAAAUUUGCCAAUGGCCAAGAAAUAAAGGUUAGGGACGUAAUCUUGGGUUGUACUUUAAAUUUAGCUGAUAAGUUAUUUAGCAUUGAUCUUAUCCCAAUUAAAUUGGGAAGUUUCAAUGUAGUGGUAGGAAUGGACUGGUUGUCUAAGAAUCAAGCGGAGAUUUGUUGCUUUGAGAGGAUUGUGCGAAUACCUUACCAAGAUGGAGAAACCCUAUCUAUAAAAGGGGAAAAACCUGGAAAGAGUUUAAAGAUGGUAUCAUGUGUGAAGAUUUGCAAGUAUAUGAGGAAAAAGUGCGUUGCAUUCUUGGCUCAUGUAUCGGAAAGGAAAUCCGAGGAAAAACAUAUUCAGGAUAUUCCUAUGGUGAAAAAUUAUAUAAAAGUAUUUCUGGAUGAUUUGUCAGGACUUCCUCCAUCUAGACAGGUCGAAUUCUGA